GGUUUCUGAGUUGCUCCCUACGACAACAACACAGUGCGCAGCGAGGAGAAAUCAAAACCGAUGUUGAAAGCAUAGUUUCGUUUCCUUCCCAUACGGCUGGCUCCUGUUGUUUCUCUCGCUCUCUCUUUCUCUCUCUCCCUUUUCCUCUCUCUCUCUCUGUCUUGCUGUCUCACUCAGCCAAGGCAUUUUGCCAGAGGGUAGAAGUGUUAAGUGCAGCCGCCCAGCCUGUUGUGUGAGUGAGUGAGUGAGUGAGUGAGUGAGUGUGAGUGUGUGCCUGUCAAUCGCCAGUAUAGUAACUUCAAACACUAGCGACCUUAGCGGAAAAAAAGAGUCUCUCUCUCCCUGUAUCUGUUGUUUGGUUGCUCUCAUCAUGACCACUCUCCCGGCUUACACGGGAGCCAGGAUAUCAGGAUGUUGGGCUCUCAGAUCAGAUGGCAGCGGCGGCGGAGAGGGCUCACUUGACAGACUCCUCCCUACCGUCAACAGUGGCCUAUCGCCACGGAAACGGACCACCAGCCAGUGUAAAUCGGAGCCGCCCCUUCUGCGGACCAGCAAGAGGACCAUCUACACAGCCGGCCGCCCACCCUGGUACAACGAGCAUGGGACCCAGUCAAAGGAAGCCUUCGUCAUUGGACUGUGUGGGGGUAGUGCUUCUGGCAAAACCACUGUGGCCCGCAAGAUCAUCGAGGCGCUGGACGUUCCCUGGGUGGUGCUGCUGUCCAUGGACUCCUUUUACAAGGUGCUCACCCCUGAGCAGCAGGUGUUGGCCGCUAGCAGCGACUACAACUUUGACCACCCAGACGCCUUUGACUUCGGCCUGCUGGUGCCCACACUACGCAAGCUAAAGCAGGGCAAGAGCGUCAAGAUCCCUGUGUACGAUUUCACCACGCACGGGCGACAGAAGGACUGGAAAACGGUGUAUGGCGCCAGUGUCAUUAUUUUUGAAGGCAUCAUGUCUUUCGCUGAUAAGGAGUUACUCAAGCUCCUGGACAUGAAGAUCUUCGUGGACACAGACUCGGACAUCCGGCUAGUACGGAGGCUGAGGAGGGACAUCACGGAGCGAGGGAGGGAAAUCGAGGGGGUCAUCAAGCAGUAUAAUAAGUUUGUCAAGCCGGCGUUCGAACAGUACAUCGAGCCCACCAUGCGUUUGGCUGACAUUGUGGUACCACGAGGUGGUGGCAACAUGGUGGCCAUCGACCUGAUCGUCCAGCACGUCCACAGUCAGCUGGAGGAGAGGAAGCUCCGUUGGGAUAUGGCUGCAUUGGCCUCUGCUCAUCAGGCUCAGCCCCUCCCACAGACCCUCAGCGUCCUCGAAAGCACGCCUCAGGUCAGGGGCAUGCACACCAUCAUCAGGAAUAAAGAGACAAGCCGAGAUGAGUUCAUCUUCUAUUCGAAGCGGCUGAUGAGACUGCUGAUCGAGCGCGCCCUCUCCAUCCUGCCCUCUCAGAUACACAUUGUUCAGACACCUCAAGGACAGGACUAUGAAGGGCGGACUUUCCAUGGCAAGAGGAUCACUGGCGUGUCCAUCUUGAGAGCGGGCGAGACCAUGGAGCCGGCGCUAAGGGCCGUGUGUAAGGACGUCCGCAUCGGAAAGAUCCUCAUCCAGACCAAUCAGGACACAGGAGAGCCCGAGCUGCAUUAUCUGCGGCUGCCCAAAGACAUCGGCGAGGACCACGUCAUUCUCAUGGACUGCACUGUCUCCACCGGCGCUGCUGCCAUGAUGGCCAUCCGCGUCUUACUGGACCAUGAUGUCCAGGAGGAUAAGAUUCUGCUGGUCUCUCUGCUUAUGGCUGAAAUGGGGGUCCACUCCGUGGCCUACGCUUUCCCCCAGGUCAAGAUCAUCACCACCGCCGUCGACAAGAAGGUCAACGACCUCUUCCACAUCAUCCCUGGCAUAGGUAACUUUGGAGAUCGCUACUUCGGCACUGACGCACCCCCCGACUGGAGCGAUGAGGAGAUGGACGAGCCCAGUUACUGAGGGGCCGACCCAUCGCUGUGCUCGCCGAGGAAAUGGGCUUUCAAUGGAGAGGGGGGCACGUUGAGCCCCCCUGUCCGGCAGCUACAUGGACCCUCACCAGGGAGGUCCAGUGCCCACCAUACGGGCCACCUCUGUCCACUGACGUCCAGCCAGGAUAACAGGGACGGGUUUGGGCUUGAACAAAAGGACAAUCACUCUGUAGACUUUGUCUUUUCACAAUUACGGAAAGUGUUUUUAAGGAAAGUGUUGUACAUAUUUUACAUUGACAUUUUUUAAAGAUUGUUACAUAUGUGUGGUGUAAUGGAUGUCGUCGUGUUUGUCGGUGGUGGUGAUGUUGUCGCGUCGCGCCAAGAAAAGCUGUUAAGAAAUGAUGUGUUUCGCCUUAAACGUUAUGAACUCGACGCAUCAUCAAAGACUUCGGAGUGCAGUUCGAAAAAACUGGUGAAUUGGUGACGGCUGAAUGUCAAUCUUUUUGUUGUCGUUUUGUUGGAGCUCAUGACACAUUUUGGCUGCAUUUCUGUUACUUUUUCACAUCUGUGAAGAGGUUGACCUUUUCGAGGCAGCCGUGGCGUUUGUUGUCGAGAUGCUGCUCUGUGUCUCAACUGCGCAGGCACCGUGCACUCUUUGAAGGACCUCUUCAUGGAAAGAAGUGGUGGGCGUCAGUUCUUUUACUCUAUGUCUCUGCUGUCCCCCGCACUCUUUCACUCCCACCAAUUCAAACCUGCUGACCAGACCACAAGCUGCAGAACACGCAGGUCUUACUAGCCCUCCAACCCCCACCCCAUAUCAUUGUUCUGCGCAGCAGAGAGGCCAAAGACUUUUCUUAGGAGUCACCCAUGUGUUAUUUAUAGAAAUAGAAGCAAGCUCGCUGACUAUAAGCGUUAAAUAAUAGAAACACGUUGCCAGGUGAGGCUGUUAUUUUCAUAACAUCGCUUGCACCCAGGAACUGAGAAUCGGCUGGUAAUGUUGGCUACAAGGUGUUCUUUGGCGCGUUGUUUGUUGUCAUCGUAUUUGUCCUUCUGUUUAUAGCAUCUGCUUUCAUAUUCAUAUUUUCGGCUUUUGUAUGUUCUAUUCUCAUGAAAUACACAGUAACUUGCUACCUCAUGUCUGUCUGCAUAUGUGGCACUGUAAUGGGCUCGGGUGCGUAUACGUGUGCCGUUUCGUCUCACACACACAAUCAUUCAUUCUUCAUUCUGUUGAACAUACUGCUAGUCCGCCAGUCCAGUAAGUUAUUACAUGGUAUAUUAGUUAUCACAUUGCAUUUGAUGAACGAAUCAUAUCCAAUGAUCACACCAUUUCAUUAUAGCCUAAAAACGAUCUACAAGCUGGAAAACAGUUAUUACUUUUGUUCUUUCUUUAGUGUAUAGCUAUGUGGCUGUAUUAAAUCAGAAAAACAAUUGUAGCGCGCAAACAUACCUGACCACACUGUGUUAAAUGUGUGUGGUGUGGUAAACUGUUGCCUUGACCAUAUAUGGAAUCAGCUGAUGCGUGUUUGUGUGUGUGAAUCUGCGGGAGCCAAUCACUUGGCUUAGCAAUGCCGCUUUUCUAUUUAUGGUUGAAGAAUUGUUAUGUUAUCAUGUUUUUAUUUUAUUAUUGUCACCCCAGAAAGCACUUGUAGUUUUUAGUUUUUUUGAAAGCAUAUGCACGAUAUCAAUGUGUAAUCAUGUCUUAGAUCUCUCAUGAUGCCUUAGUUUUAUCUUUUUUUUUCCCCCUCAGUGACUGUAUUGCUUUAAGCUGCGGCAGUUAUUUAUUUCAAGCUAAAACAGUGUACAAGAUGUUUGGGUGUAUUUUUGAAGAUUUGGUUUGUUUGUUUGUUUGUUUGUUUGUUUUGGCUUAUGGUGCACAAGACAGCAGUGAUUGUACUAUCCCCCAAAGAUGCACAGACAUGCGCCUGUGAAGAAGGAACAAAUAAAUAAAUAUGUAAAUAAGUACCAAAUGACGCAAUGGCUCACCAGAUUCUGUUUUAAACCACUGUACAGUGGAUGGGUCAACUCCUAACUCACCACAGCAAGGUGGGUAUGCAUGGAUGCUUGCAGGUGUGUGUGUGUGUGUUUGUGUGUGAGAGAGAGAGUGACUGCACCGCUACACCACUGGUGUCCUGUGUGUGUGUGUGUGUGUGUGUGUGUGUGUGUGUGUGUGUGUGUGUGUGUGUGUGUGUGUGUGUGUGUGUGUGUGUGUGCGUGUGUGCGUGUGUGCGUGUGUGCGUGUGUGCGUGUGUGCGUGUGUGCGUGUGUGCGUGUGUGCGUGUGUGCGUGUGUAUGUGUAUGUGUCUGAAGGCUUGCCUUGUGUGUAGCCAUUGGUGUGCAGUGAUGUGCUUUCAUUUUUUCUCUUCCUUGCAUGAAAUGUUUUGUACUGUACAUAAAUUGACAUAAAUAAAUUUGAUUAUUUUAUUUAUA